CCAGCUUCAAGUGGUCCCACUUCGGACUUUGACUGGCAGAACAUGUCAGACUCGGAAGUGGGGCCUGUGACUGUAAUCGAUAAGCAGCACGUGUCCAACCAGGCUACGCAUACAGUUAAUGCUGUUUAUACAGGUUUAUAGUACAUUUCUUGCAUCGAAAUAUUGAAUAAAGUUAGUCUAAAUCUGAAAGAUAUAGUUCAAGAAACGCAGCUUAGGAAAAGGGAGAAUGAUUCUGUUCAUUAUAUCACUAACAAUCACGACUUCAGGGGAUUAAACCCUGCCGCUACGAAACGGGAUCAUCCCAACUCUUCACUCCCGCACUUGCUUGAAUGGCCAAAUAGUCGUCACACUGUCUCAAAGAUAUUAUUGACAGGCAAACUACCACAAUACUUACCAUAUGCCCAUCUAUGUAUUUUAGUAGCUCGGAUCUUCUUGUCCAAGCCACCUACUUAUCGGGUGAUCGAUCACCUGGCCGAACCCUGCGAUUAUUAGCUGCGUUCUUGAUCAUUAGCCCACUCUCCGACUCUCCAACUUCGCCCGACAUUUCGUUAUCUCUCUACACAAGCCAGCGCAACCGCAAACCGCUAUCGUGAUCUUGACUAUGGCCUAGCCCGUCCACUUUCAAGAUACAGCUAGACGUGAUAUACUCUCCGCGCCUUCUCAGAGCAUCUACAGCCAUCAUACUCCUCGCCGAGACUUAGAAAUUCCGCGCCAUACUAAGGUGCCGCCCUGCAUCUCCGGCAUCGCCUGUGAGCUACCCAGCUCCCACCUCAACACACAAGUCUCAACCACGACCACAGCUCUACCCUCUCAAACCACCUAGCCGCCAUGCUUCCUCCCGAACCCCCAUCCUUCGCAACCUACCUCGUCUCCUCCCUCACCACCCUCCCCCGCCCCUUCCGCAAGCGCCACUCCUCAACCCCCAGCACCAGCUCCACCAGCUCCACCACCACAGCACCAACAAUCUUCUCCCUAGCCACCAGCUUCGGAUCCCUCAACACCUCCCCCAGCACCUCCCCAACCUCACCUACCUCGCCCUCCUCCUUCAGCCGCUCUCCCGGGAGCUACUACAACCCCGACCCAGACACAGACCCAACACAAACCUAUAACCUCCACUGCGCCCGUCCCGACCACCUCAAAUGCUCCACCUGCGCCACCGACCUCGCCUUCGCCUCCCAAAUAAUCAGCAAAGCCUUCACCGGCCGCCACGGCCGCGCGUACCUCGUCUCCCCGCCCGCCUCCCCCCAGGGGGCUGAUAAAAAUACACAGCCUAGCCUCAUCAAUAUCACGAUCGGCAGGCCGAUGAGUAGGCAGCUGGCGACGGGGGCGCAUGUGGUGGCGGAUAUCAGCUGUGCAAUUUGUGAGAAGGUGGUGGGGUGGAAGUAUGUUGAUGCUAGGGAGGAGGGGCAAAAGUAUAAGGUGGGGAAGUUUAUAUUGGAGAUGAGGAGGGUGGUGGUGGUGAAGGGGUGGGAGGAUGUGGUUGUUGAGAGGGGUAGGGGGGAGAUGGGGGGAGGUGAUGCUGUGGAGGGGGAUGGGGAGGGGGAGGAUGUGAUGUUUGAUUCUGAGGAUGAGGAUGAGUGUGAUGAGAUCUUUGCGGGGACGUGGGAUAGGGUUGCUGUGAGGAGGAGGAGGGCGAGGGCAGCGUCUGGGUAGAGGGGGUGGGAGUUCAUAUGAUUAACGAUUGGGUAGUAAUAUAUGGGAGUGGUCACUGUGGGAUUAAGGGUGGUUUUGUUUCGAGGACUGGAGCCUACGAACUGCUGGAGUACUGAUGGGCCGGCGUUUCUGUCAUACAUACCCACUUCAUUAUAAUAUAGAUGACGGUUACCUGGGAUGUGGCCGCGGGUUUAAUAUAUAUGCAUUCUUUCAGAUUUGAGGUCUAGUCUAGACUGCAUUUAUGGAUCUUGUGCAAGCCUUGUCGUACGGAGGAGAGUGGCAGCAGGGUGGUUCAACUCCACCGUCGGGGUUCCCGGUGGCAACGCACCUGUCCUACCACUACGGAUAUCAAAAACAACUACAAUGCUUCUUCUCGUCAUACAGUACUCAUGUCGUCCAAAAGCCCGUACAAAGACUGUGCACAAAAGCUGAU